AUGUGGCCUCCAAUUUACAAUUUACCCUUACCAGAGGUCAAAUCUUUUAUUGGUGUUAUUUUCGCCGUAACUGGAAAUAUUUUGAUUUCUGUCGCGCUCAACGUUCAAAAAUACGCACAUAAUGAGUUGGAAGAGCUUCAACUCAGCAAACUACGUUCCGCGAGCUAUUCAACUAAUGCUACUCGUUCGCAUCGCCCCACCUCUGACAGAUACGAGGCUCUUUUAAAUCCCGAAACUGAUGAUUAUCUAUAUUUGCAUUCAAAGGCUUGGUGGCUUGGUGUACUGCUUAUGCUAACUGGUGAGGUGGGCAAUUUUAUUGCCUAUGCUUUUGCACCAGCUUCUUUAGUAGCUCCACUGGGAACAGUAGCGUUAAUAUCAAAUGUGAUUCUUGCUCCAAUGAUGCUUAAAGAAACUUUUCGGAAACAAGAUUUAUUGGGAGUAGCAAUUGCGAUUAUAGGAGCGAUUGUCGUUGUCAUCAACUCAAAAACUGACGAGGUUAAGCUUGAUCCUGUUGCGAUAAUUGCUGCCAUGUCAAAAACCAACUCUCUAAUAUACUUUGGAAUAACUAUUUUCACUAUUGUUUGUCUAAUGUCCGUAUCUGAUAAGAUUGGCCCGCAUUUUAUCUUGGUUGACUUAUCGUUAGUCGCGUUAUUUGGUGGUUAUACUGUGCUAUCGACGAAAGCAAUUUCAUCCAUGCUGACUAUGACAUUUGUUCUGAUGUUUGAAGCAUGGAUAACUUGGUUUUUAUUGUUUGUCUUAAUCGUGACUGCAGUAGCACAAAUAAAAUAUCUUAAUAAAGCAUUGCAAAGGUUUGAUUCAACACAAGUAAUUCCCACACAAUUCGUAUUGUUUACUAUGUCCGCAAUAAUUGGGAGUGCAUUAUUAUACAAUGAUUUUGCAGAAAUGGGUUUUUUGAAAGGUCUCUAUUUUUUGGCUGGAUGUCUAUCGACUUUUAUUGGCGUGUAUUUUAUUACCUCGAAUCGUAAUAAAUCGGUACUAGGAGUACGACCACCACUUUCUCGUGUAGGCAGUCUAUCUAUUGAUCCUUUUCAUCAUGUUCGGCCAGAUAGUCAUGGUAUAUACGAUGAAGCUGAUGAUUUGGAACAUAGAUAUACUCCGUAUGCUCUUUAUGUUGGCCAACGAGCAAGAGCUACAAGUAUUCCACGACGACAAUCUAUGUAUUCACAUGCCGCACAUUCAUCUACGCCUCUAUUGUCUAGUGAAUAUAAUCAACACGAUAGCUUAUUACGUUCAAUGAUUCAUGGAAGAUUUUCCACCUCAUCUUUAACAGCGGGUGUAAGUCAAGCGUUGAAUUCUGUUGGUGCUCGACAUUCGCAUGCACUUGGCUUAGAUCAAGUUUUUGAAAAUUACUUGCUGAAAAUGGAGGAAGAACAGAACGCCAAUUCAAGAAAUGACACAGAUGCAAAUCAUAGGCGUAGUCUAUCAGUACCACCUCUUAAUGCAUCUCGACGUGGUCUUCCAAAAUCCCCGACAACAUCAUCAUGUCUUAGCACCUCAUACACAAACUCUUCCUAUUACGAUGAAACAUCUGGUUACAACACUGAUUCGGUAAAUACAGAUGAUGACGAAACGAGAACGAUCAGUGGAUUGACGACUAGUUCAGCCAAUAGCAGCCAACUUGAAUUGUAUUCAAGUAAUGACGCGGAAAGUACAUAUGACGCAUUUCCCGAACUGAGUUAUUUACAAAAUCCGGACGAUUUGCCGGAUUUACCGUAUAGACGGGAUACUAGUCGAAGUGGACGAGGUGGAGAUGGAGGAGGUGGUGGCGAAUUAUCGGAAAGUGAGAGAGAAGAGUAG